AUGGCUCCUCUCUACCCAAUCCAACCUGUCGAAUCGCUGCCAACCAAGCACGACCUCAAGUACGUGGGAAACAUUGAUCGUGCGGAGCAUGUUGAAGAUGUGAGCAUACGUGUCGAAUCACUCAACGAACUGCAACAUCUUGGGAGAAGUAAUGAUGAGCCUCGAGCCUCUCUUCUCACUCUUCCCGUGGAGAUCCGAUUGCGAAUCUACGAAUUGGCAUACAAUGCUACGUUUCUACACUGGAAGCUGAAUUGGGAGAAAGGUUUGAGACUUCGACUAAGAGGAACAUCGGGAACAAGCUCUCCCUCUAUUCGGCUCGUCGGAUCACCAUUCAGUCUGCUACGAGUCUGCCAUGAAUUAUACGCGGAAGUUUCUCCGAUGCUCCCUUCGAUCAACCAUGUGGCCCUUCAGUUUGAUGACUUUUCCGAGAACGACAUGCAGCAAUGGCUGAGUACGUUGAGCGAUUCCCAAGUUACCAAGAUGCGCUCGUUCAAAAUGAUGGGCUGGGCAGACUGCCAUUUGGCAAAACCCCUCUACGCGGACGGCCAUCGGAUGGAUUGUCAUCGGUAUCAAAAGCCUCAUUCAACCUGUUCAAUCGCUUGCACUGAAUCUUGCAACAGCUCRGAUCAUCAAUCCAAGGGAAGAUCUAUACCCCGGGCGAAAAAUGGGCUCUGCGAUCGAUCAUUAACCCUGGACCUCAAUGCCUUUGAACAACAAUUCCAAGCCGAGCGAUUUGACAGGAUUAUGAAACAAUUCGGGCUCAAUCACGUCGAUGAGGGAUCGCAUCGUGAGUUUCACAAGGCCUGCUACCUUCUUCGCGWGCUCGACGGGUGCGUUGGUCGGCCUGCUCCCAAGGCGCAUCCAGCUGGAAGGACUUCCCAGUGUGGUAUUUUGGAUGCUGUGGAGACUGCCAUAGCUAGCUUUGUGAGCGAUGAGGGCGAUUUGAAUGUCACUAGGGAGAACAUUACAUUAUUGCACAGAGCUACUAUGAGAGGGACAAAUUUUUAG